GCCAUUAAUGAUGUGGGACCAGUCAUUUAGUGGGUUACCUCCUCAACAGGUCACCUUUUUUUUUUGUUUUUUAUAGCAUGGGUGCUAUAGAGCACACUAGAAGGGCUCCUCUGUUACCCGUUUUAGAUAUGCUCUCCUUCAAUUUCUAGGGUUCUUGUAGAUGUGCUCUAGAUUAAUUAGUUUAUGCAUUUAUGGACCCGGUCGGCCAUUGUGUAAUGUCGAUGUCAUGGAGAAUAUGAUUACUGUGAGUUGAACAUGUUAGUCUCAAAGAAGCGGGAUGAUCCUUUGAUUUCGUGGUAAGGUGGCGUAAUGCCUAUUAGAUGUUUGAUGAAAUGUGCCUGAGAAAAGCACCCCCGCCGCACGUACUUGGGUGGUGGCGGUGGGACUUUUUUGAAAAACGAAUCCCUUGCCGAUGUUCCCCCACUCUUGGGCAUGGGAAGUAGCGGAGAUUGUUAGGACGAAUACUUGCCCUUGAACAUGGGCGUAUUGUGUGAAUGUGCUUGCGUGGGAUUAAUGAUAAGAACUCGAUUAGCAUUUGUGUUGCUUAGUAGUCGGAGUAGGGGGCCGGCGGCCUAACAAGAAGAGUAGGGUUAGGAUUUGGAUUCCUGCAGUAACGUUGCUAGAUCUUUCUGUGGAAUGUAAGUAAAAUCAGUUUCGUCAUAUUUUCUCCUUAAUCCGACUUAUCAAGUACAACCUCUAAUAUUGUUUUACAAUCCUCCUCGAUUAUUACUUUUACUUGAUAACGGACUGAAAAACUACUACUGGUGUAGGGGGUUUCUCUCCUUCCGUUGCGCUCAGUUACAGUCUUAUAGAUCAACUAAUUAGUUGAUGGGUUUUGGUUCAUUCGCAAGAAAAUAAGGCAUCAUCCCAUUCCCAUUAUACGAAUUACGAUAUAUCCUAUCUACUAUGCGUGGCAAAUGCAGAUCUCGACUUUCACCAAUCGGCUGGAAUUCAGACUUUUCGUUCCUUAAUCAGGUCAGUUCAGCUCACGAAUAAAAUCUCACAAACAGCCAAAAACGAAAAGGACCAAAUUUCAGACCUGCAAGCAAUUGAUUAAAAUCUUCUGACACACGCUAUGCUGGCUGGGAGACGAAGACCAAAUUAACCCUACCCGUCACCUGUCUUGUACUCUUUGUUCGCUUUUAACCCCCUUCCCGGGGGAUUUCUCCGCCUUUAUUAUAAUCGAAAGGAGCCGGUGAACGAGAGCAAGUAAAAAUUUGGUUCUGCCAUCUUCAAUAUUGUUAGAGAGAGAGAGAGAGAGAGAGAGAGAGAGAGAGAGAGAGAGAGGCCAUUUUUGUUCAUUUUGCAGCAAUCGAGAUCAACAAUGGUGUCCUGGGCGUGGGUUUGGACGGGGACUCUGAUUGAUCUUCUGAAGGUGGCUGCCUACAGUGCCGCGUUCUUGCUCGCUCGCGAAGGCCACCGCCGCUAUUCCUUUGCCUAUGGGCUCUUCCUCAACAUUGUCGGAGUGAUCUGCGCCCAAGCGAUCAGUCACUACUUGCAGCGACUCAAAAGGAAUUGGCAGGGACUUCGUCAGCCCCUGCCGGCGAGACGCUACUACCCAGCAGGACACCAAUUACUGACUAGCUAGCUAGUCGUUUCUCACCGUCUGCUUCGUUGUAGCUAGUAGCGAGAAAGCUUAAUGAAGAUUAAUUAGUAGCAGUAGUUUGUGUUGACUGUUGUUAAGAAAACUCCGACUCGUUCUCCGUUUUUAGAUCCCUCCUUCUUUGGUUGUUAAUGGUAACCUCUUGGGUUCUUUGCUAAGGGGGUUUCAUCCACGAGCUCAGUAAUGUAAUGGCUGCCGCCUGCCUAGCUAGCUUGUUGUCUUUGUUAUGUGGGUUUAUCAUCUAUGAUCUAUCAGUUUAACGACCUUCUCUAAUUAUAUUCGUUGUUGAAAUGGUUCUGCGAAAGUAUACAAAUGACAAUGGCUCUGAGAAAGAAUAGUCUAUUUCUAUUCGGCUUUUACUAGACUUGGGCUAAGGUCUUCAGGCGUCUGGCCCACAUAAUUGGGCUUUACCUCUAUAAUCAGUAGACGCACUUGCUCACUCCGCUUUCAUCUUCAUGGAACCUUUCCCCCGAACUUGUAACCACCGUUAGGGUUUGAUCUCUUUCUACCUUUUCCCUUCUUGAAGUUUGCAACCGAUAGAGGCUUUGCUUACAAUUGAAUUAGAAGAAACAGAAAUGGUUGGUUAAUUGCAAGUUUGGUCACUGUGUUAAAAAAAAUGUUCAUGUUUGGUCAUUAAAAUAUUUAAUUCCAUUCGCAAUCAUUAAAAUAUGUUCAAUAGUUCGAGUUUGAUCACUCUCCGUCCAACUCCGUUAACUUAAACUGAUGUGACGGUCAAUUCUCAUAAUUGACCGUUAAAUGAGUGACUUGACAAUAAAAAUAAUAUAAUAUUAUUAAUAUUUUCACAUCAUCUUUCCCCAUGAAUUAAAUAAGUAAAAUAUAAUUAAUAAUCAUAAUACCAAAAUUGAGAUUUUCCCUAUCGGAUAAAUUCCUGGCCACCCGUCCAUGAACCUCCUCCCUCAGAAACACUCACCAGGCGCAAUACCUCCUUAAAACCAAAACUCCCUCAAGAACCCCGUCGGAACUCUCAUAUAUGCACUAAUUCAUCACCCUCUACCAAAACGAAAAUCCCCCGGAACCCAUCCCUCCCCCUCCUCUCUUCCAAUUUCCACAACCAUGAUCAGGAGAGCGGCGAGGCGGACGCCGGCACCCAUGAUGAUGACGUUGAAUUGCCAGGGCCAACCCAGAGGGUGUGCUAACACUAGGGAUGACAAAAAUAUCUGUAACCGUGGAUAUCCGUCCGAAUUCGACCUAACUGGGUAGGGUAAAACCCGAACCCGAAUUACUUUUAGUGGGUACGGGUAAAACCCGAACCCGAAUAUUGCGGGUAAUGUAUGGACAUGAUUUUCUCACUAUCCAACCCGAACCCGCCCGAUUACACAUAAGCAUAUGUAUUUUGUCUAAUAAUCAAUAUUUUUCUCUAACAUAUUUUAUAUUUAGCAUAUAAAUAUAAUAUUUUUAUGAACGGGUAUGGGCAUAGUUUUGAUUUUCUACCCGAAUCUUAUAUGGCUAUGGGCAUGGGUAAAACCCGAACUACUUUGGGUAGGGUAACCGAUAUACACUACCCUUCCCCAACACGACCCAUUGCCAUCCCUAGCUGGCAAUCCCUUUGGCACAGGGCCUCCAAAUUUUGGAAGCCUCUGUAGCUCCAUCACGUAUAUGACUGAUUAUAUUUAAGGAUUAUUGAAUCUCGAUUAUGAAUUUUAAAUAAUAGAAAAUUUAUGAAUUGUGUUUAGAUUAUGGGUCUAAAACAAUAAUAUUACAAAAUUUAA